CUUCCACUUUCCUUAACCUCCAAAUUGUCCCUCCCCUCCUAAUUCUCCUCCCCUCCAUUUUCCUCCCUUCCUUCGGAAACAUAGUGUAAAUGAGCUUUGGUUUCCAGGCUUUUGAAAACAGUUGUCAACUCCACUGUGCAAUCCCUUCACCUUCCCUCUUUUUCUGCCAACCACCUCAGUCUCCCUCAUAAAUAUAUCUCCUCUCAUACUCUCACUAUCCUUUCCUGUUACAUUGUUGCUGACAAAAUCAUCCCUCCAUCCCAUCAGUCGUUUCUCCCAUCUCCUUGCUUUCCAAUUAUCUAACCUAGCACCCCCUAACUCUCAUCCAUAUCCCAACCUUUUCGUUCUUCCUCUCUCUUCGACUACAGUCGUUAGGCAAAAUUCAGAGUCAACGAUGGUUAGAAUCCUCCAUUGGCACCAGGGACGACCAGCUGAGCUGCAAGGAUCAUUGAUUUUUCCGCAGGUGAUUGAAGAAAGUUUGCGCGCAGAAAAGAGUAAAAAAAAAUCGUUGCUUUUAGCUCACGUUGAUUUUGGCAGCAACAUACAUGGAUUCUCUUCGCUCUCUCUGGUCGAGGUCCGCAACAGCAGCUCCGACGAGGAGAAGAUUGCUGACGACAACGAAGGUGUCAUCCUUUCGCAAAUAGCUAUCGUUCUGGGCUCAAUUCAUCACCAAAUUUUGGUGUGGGGCGAGACAGAGAUAUACAAAAAGAGUUAAACAAAAUCACCAUCCUUGCUGCUCAUAAUGGGGUUCAAGAGGAGUUGCAUGAUCUCUCUACAGUUAAAAGUUUCAGAACCUUUUCUGAAUUGCUUGGGUUUCAUGGAUCUGUUCGCUUCGCCUCUCAUCCCUGGACCUUAUAGCUUCCAUAUGAAACUAAUUUUGUUCACCAUCAGUACUUGCCAGUUCCAGUCCAUUCCAUAGACCUUUGAAACUCUUCAAGUAAGUGCUAUUAAUUUUAAUAUAUAUGGGGAGUUCUACGGUCCGGGGUACCGCAUACCUUGAGUAAAAAAAUGCUAUCCAGAACUUGAAUUUACUGAUCUUUCGGACAUGAUACUAUACUCUAACCCUUAAAGAUCAAAAUAUAGGCCUUAAUUCUCUAAAUCUUAUACCCCAAGAUCAAUUUAAUUACAAACAAUAAUCGACGGUUAUGAUUCGUCCAAAUAUAGGCAAAAAAAUCAAUGGACCAUCUUAGGGUUUAUAGUUUAUGAUUAGGACCUAGGGUUCACUCAUUAAGGGUUAGGGUAUAGUAUCAUGCCCACAAAUCCUGCUAAUUCGAGGUCUAGAUCGUGUUUUCAUACUUAAGGUAUGCGGUACCCUCAAUUUCACCCGGGGUACUGUAGAAGGCACCAUAUAUAUAUAUUGUACUUAUUCUUAGCAAUGCUCUUGCAUAUUGUGAUUUUAUUUCAUGAGUAACUAAAGCCUUUAAAUUAAGAGGACACUUCUUCUUAUAUUUCCGUACAGAUAGAUGCUAACCACAUCCGUGUAGAGCAGAUGAAGCUGCACUCUGCAGGGAAGGUAGCAGGAUCUUCAUCAUCGCCAAACUGCUAUUUUGUUAUUUUGUAGUGUAAAUUGCCUUUGAUUAGAUAUGGAUACUUUGUUAUUUUGUUAGCAGUGCAAACUGCGCUAGAAGAGAUGGUUGUGCAGAUAGUUCUGUGCUUUAAUCCCCUCUGGUUUUGGAUGUAGUUUGACCUUUAUUGUGGGUUACUGACUUACUGUGGGGCUAGAUUCCUUGGCCAACUGAGGCAAACCCGCACGGAACAAACCAGACAGUACCGAGGUAGUCAUGGUUAACUGGUGGUAGAGGUUAAAACCUCCAAAUCAAGUAUCAUUUAAGCUUCUAUACUUAAGUGUUUCCUUUGCUCGAAGAUCUUAUGUUAUACUGAUUGAGUUGCUGCUAGAAGAGAGGAUAUUUUCGCUUGCCCUUAUUCAUCCAUCUAAGUGUCUUUUCUUAAUUUUGGUUUAUAUUUGUUCAAAAUUCUCUAGGUAAUCUGAUGUGUUUCCUUGCUAAUUUUUAGUCACAUAUGUGCCAACCUAUCUAUACUUGCUAUUUCACAGCUACAUAUUUACAAUUAAACUCAUAUUAUUUAUAGGUAAUUCAUCAAUCAACUUAAACCAUCUCCUCAUGCUCGAAUCAUCAGUCCAACUAUCAUCAUGUAAAAAGCAUUUAAAGUGAGGUUUAAUGAUUAUAUGAUCAAGAAAUCAUCCACUCAUGUUCAAAAUAGUUUGUGCUUAUAUUGGCUCCUCCAUAUGCAAAGUUGGUAUCAGCCACGUUACUUUCUAGCUUUGUAUUUUAGUGCCUUUUAUAAUUUAAAAGGGAUACAAAUUAUUAGAGAAAUUUUCAAUAUUAAGAGGAUGCGACUUCAGGGCCAAAAUAGUGCAUUGUGUUCGUAAUUCUUCCGUUGAGAAAACAAGUUAUUUGUUUGCUUUUGGAACCUGUAGUUGCAGACAUGAGAGUGGUCACAAUAACCAAUUAACCAUAGUGGUGAUUGCCAAAAGCAAGGACUUCAACAAGAAACAUAAGCUUGGUGAAAUGGCUAUGCAGGGUGGAAGAGCACCUUCACAAUCCAUGAGGUAUUUAAUCCCUUCAAAUUAGAUUGCAGUUCCUCUAACAACCUCGGUACUAAGUAAAUUAGACUUUAAUUU